AGAUGAUGAUCUGGGAGUGUCUGAGCGGCUCGUUGGACGUGAAUCCAACCCGCAGUCACUGAGCCCAGGAGCAUCUGCCUGAACAAUGAGCCGGCUGACUGGGAAGGAAAUGGUUUGAAACGGAGAUGAAGCGGCCGUCUGAGGAGUGUCGAGGUGAUGGGAUUGGAUUGUGCGGCAGCAGUGAUUUGCGGGAUACAUGUGUGGUGUAAAUGACCUCUAACGCUGCUUCUACUACAGAGGUGAGUUUCAAUCACAGCAGAUCACCUUUAAGAUAUAAGACACCACAGCAUUGACUUUUAGUUUUAAGAGACUGGUGGCGCCAGCUGCUGGGUGUCAUGAGUUGGCCAUCUGUUGUGGGAACCUACUUAAACCUGCAAGCAGAUUAACCAGCAGAAAAAGGUCCAAGGCAUCAGUCAGGACGUUCUGUGUGCCUGAACUCAGCUGGUCUUCCUGGUGGAGGAGGAGGAGAAGGAGGAGGAGAAGGGAUGCUGAGGGCCACUGUGUGCUCGGUGCAGGAGAGAGACGAGGAGCAGGAGGAUGAGGGUGAAGAAGAGCUGAGGGAUGGAGGGGUGCCUUUCUACGUGAACAGAGGAGGCCUCCCGGUGGAUGAGGAGACUUGGGAGAGGAUGUGGCGCCAUGUGGCUCGAAUACACCCCAAUGGUGAAGCUUUGGGGAAGGAGGUCCGGCGUGCCACUGACCUGCCCAAGAUUCCAAUACCGAGUGUGCCUACAUACCAACCUACUACGACUAUCCCACAGCGCCUGGAAGCCAUACAGAAAUACAUCAGGGAAUUGCAGUACAAUCACACGGGAACACAGUUUUUUGAAAUUAAGAAGAGCCGGCCUCUUACUGCGUUGAUGGAUAUUGCUAAAGAGAUGACACGGGAGGCGCUGCCAAUCAAAUGCCUGGAGGCGGUGAUCCUGGGGAUUUACCUCACCAACAGCAUGCCGGGUGUUGAGCGUUUCCCCCUCAGCUUUCAGUCUCAGUUCUCAGGGAACCACUUCCACCAUAUCGUGCUGGGAGUUCACAGCGGGGGACGCUUUGGAGCGCUGGGCAUCAGCCGGAGGGAGGACCUGAUGUUCAAGCCCCUGGAGUUCCGGACUCUGAUGGAUUUGGUGCAAGAGUAUGAAGGAUCCUACAGGGGCUACUGGCACACGCUGCGCAAGGUCAGGAUCGGCCAGUACGUGUCCCAUGACCCGCACAGCGUAGAGCAGAUAGAAUGGAAACAUUCGAUACUAGAUGUGGACAAACUGACCAAGGAGGAGCUACGCAAGGAGCUGGAGAGACACACUCGAGACAUGAGGCUGAAGAUAGGAAAGCCUGCACCGCCCUCUCCCACCAAAGACAGGAGAAACAGCAUGGGUUCUCCCCUCAGAGGACCAAGCAGCCCCAUACGCAGGAUCAGCCGUGUUGAGAGACGUCCCUCCGGAGAGAAGAAGGUUUUGGAGCAAAAGUCAUCUGCAGACAUGAAUGGAUACCAGAUUCGAGUCUGAAGAAUUUUAGCUUGCUUGUAAAGUUACAAGGUACCACACACUUGUUUCAUGGGGCCAUUGAUUUACUCUUCAUUCUUUGUACAACACAUUGGCCUAUUCACAGGAUGCAAUGUUGAAUAGGUCACCAGCAACUUUUCGUCUCAAAACAAACGCCUCAUUCAGCUUCCAUGUGUAUGAGGCGUUUACUGGAGCUCUACUGUGGAUAGUAAUUGGUGCUGGCAAUGUUCCCAAAUUAUAAAAAGGGGUCAAAUGUGCAGUACUUUGUAAAAUAUUUUUAAAUAACUGCGCAGUUUUGCUUAUUCAACACAACGAGAAAUAUGACUUCCCUGAUGCUGGGCAGGACUACCACUCAGUGUAAUUGUGCUACUGGACAUAUCAUAGGUUUAUGUGGUGUUACGUUCAACAGAAGCUCUUAAGGCUCGUCUGCAAUCUGUAUCGUCAUACUGUGAGUGUGCAAAUACAUGUAAUGUCAUUUUAAAUCCACUUAGGCUCUGCUGGGCAGCAACUGCUUGUGUAGUGACUAGUUUGCAAACCACUACCCUCGUGCCUUGUAUGAAAAUUCAAAGAGAAGAAAAAUACUUUUUUUUUUAUAUAUCCAACCCAUUAGUCUCAUUGCAUAACUAAACACAAAGCAGUGUAAUCUCUGCUCCUCCAAAAUACUGAAAAUGAACGAAAUAAAUGGAGUUUUUUGACAUCUAAUAUCCAGAUGCUAGCAUGUUUGGUAUGCUAUUUACCUUAUUGAGAUGUUAAGUGAAUAUUGGAUUGAAUACACAAUAUACUAAAGUGUAUUCAAGAGUAUAAAGGCAUCUGUUGAGUGAUAAUGAGGAACAGGAGAACCUUUCACAUGAACCAAGACAAUUAUCAAGGUGACACAUGGCAACGCAGCUGACUGACCUCGUCUGCAUUUAAUGUAGAUGUAAAUUAAAGACAAGUCAGUUUAUAUGUACUGUAUAACUGCUUUAUAUAUACAUCGUUUCUAACUUUUAUUUGUAGCAAUUUUAUCCAAUAUUUCACUUGCCUUAAGUGGUAUCCAAGCAACUGACUUCCAUUUGAGGUGUAAAGAAGUUUGUUUACAGCACUUUUAUCUGCAUUUUGUAUUUUUUUAAAUUGGAAAUUCUGUCAUUUUAUACUUCCUUCAGUGUUGGUGAUCACCAGUGGACCACGUAAUAUUUUCCACAACCUGUUUUAAAUAUGUUGCCACAGUCAACAUUUUUAUGUGUACAGUACUGUAGGUGUUGUCCAUUUUCAUUUCAGUGCUCUGUAACACAAUUGUUUUGUAACAAAAGACUUGAUUUACAGGAUCACAAUAAAGGCUCACUUGGAUUGUGGCAA